ACGCGCUGUAAACACAAUGGUGACAAUGGCGACGGAAAGGAUAACGUGCUUAACAUGAUCAAUAAUCAGUAUUUGAAUCACAUGUAUAAAUUGUGGCUCAAGGAUCGAAAAUCCGUGAACUCCUCUUGGGAUUCAUAUUUUAAAUUGUUCCAUGCAAAAAGCCCUGAGGACUCUCGCAUCAAGUCCAGUUCGACUCGCGUCAGUACGUCUCCUAAGUUAGUAGCAUCGAACUUAGGAGGAGGGCAAUCAGGCAAAAAACUGUUGUUUGUGAAAGAGCCCAGUGGUGGAGUUCGAGGAAAAUCAGAUAAUCAGAUGCAAGGGGAUCAAUACAUAAUCAGCGCACUCGAUAUCAAUGCUACAAUCCGAGCAUAUCAAGCACGUGGCCACUUAAUAGCCGACACCGAUCCGUUAGGCAUACAGAAUCCGGAGUCGGCGGAGCUGCAGGGUACCGCGAAUCUGCCACCCGAGAUCGUGGUGCGGCAGCAUCUCAAGGGGAUGACGGAGGCUGAUAUGAACAGGGAAUUCCCUCUCGCGCCCUUGACCGUUAUCGGAGGAGACAAGAGCAGCCUGCCGCUGCGGGAAAUAUUGACGAGGCUCAAUAAGAUUUACUGCGGUCAUCUGGGUCUCGAGUAUACAUACAUUCAUGAUCUCAGUAUGUUGGAUUGGUUGAGGGAAAAAUUUGAGAUACCAGGCGCCUGGGAAUUGCCCGCAGAGCAUCGGAAAUGGACUUGGAUGAAUAUCAUGAGAGCUGUGACUUUCGAGAAUUUUUUAGCAAAGAAAUACGGAACGGAGAAAAGAUUUGGGUUAGAAGGUUGUGAAUCAUUCAUACCAUCUAUGGCGGAAUGCAUGGAAACAUCAGCGCUAAAUGGAGUUGAGACUAUAGUUAUCGGUAUGGCACAUCGUGGUCGUUUGAAUACCUUGGCGAACAUCUGCUUGAAACCGAUGAGCCAGUUGUUCACUCAGUUCAACCCGAUUGCUCUCGAGGGAUUCGGUUCAGGUGACGUAAAAUAUCACCUCGGAACGCACUCGGAGAAAUUAUUAGAAAGGACUAAGAAAAAAGUGCUUCUUGCGAUAAUGGCGAAUUCUUCCCAUCUGGAAGCGAUCGAUCCGGUCAUAGUCGGUCGUAUUCGCGCCGAGCAAGUUGAAAAAGGUGAUGCGAAGCACGGCAAAAGAUCAUUGGCUAUACUGGUUCAUGGUGACGCUGCUUUUGCCGGCCAAGGUGUUGUUUAUGAAACAAUGCAUCUUACCAAUCUACCAGAGUACACAACGGGUGGCGUCAUACACAUCGUAAUUAACAAUCAAAUUGGCUUCACAACUGAUCCAAGAUAUUCACGAUCUAGUGCACAUUGUACGGAUGUCGCACGUGUUGUUAACGCUCCCAUUUUUCACAUGCAUGCUGACGAUCCUGAUUUAGUGACUUACUGUAGCAAAGUGGCCAGUGAAUAUCGGGCUACCUUUCAUAACGAUGUAGUACUAGAUAUCGUUGGAUAUCGAAGAAACGGACACAACGAAAUGGAUGAACCAAUGUUAACUCAACCACUCAUGUAUAAACAAAUAAAAAAUCAUCCUAGUGUUCUAACCAUAUACAGCGACAAACUGCUUAAGGAGGGUGUGAUAACGGAAGCUUUUGUAAAAGAGGAAAUAGAAAAGUAUGUGAGCCAUUGCGAGGAGGAGUUCAGGAAAGCGCAGACCAUCAGCUCGAUGCAAAUGAGCGAUUGGCACGACCUGCCCUGGACUGAAUUCUUCUCGAAUCAAACUCCGAAAAACAAGAUAUCGCCGACCGGUAUCGACAUCGCGACCAUUAAGACGAUAUGCAGUGCCAUAUCCACUCCUCCGAAGGAUAUCGAGGCGCAUGUUCAAGUGCUGAGGGCGAUGGACAGACGAGCGAAACUUAUGGAAUCUCGACAGUUUGACUGGGCAAUGGGAGAGUGCUUAGCCUUCCUCAGCCUGUUGAAGGAGGGUCACCAUGUCAGACUCUCCGGACAGGAUGUUGAGCGUGGCACCUUCACUCAACGAAUACACAUCAUUCACGAUCAGAGCAAAGACAAGACCUACAAAAAUAUUCUGCACGACGUUUUUCCGAGACAGGCUCUGUACACCGUCACGAACUCGUCGCUUUCGGAAUACGGCGUGUGCGGAUUCGAAUUGGGAUACUCGGCUUACAAUCACAACACUUUGACACUUUGGGAAGCACAAUUUGGCGACUUUGCCAAUAACUGUCAGGCCGUAUUAGAUUGCCUGUUAUGUUCCGGGCAAACCAAAUGGGGCAGACAAGUAGGAUUGGUACUGUUACUGCCGCAUGGUAUGGAGAACCAGGGGCCGGAGCAUUCGUCCGCGAGGUUGGAGAGAUUUCUUCAGCUGUGCGACGACGAAUGUACUCACGUGCCCGGAACGGAGCCCGGUGCUCCCGCCGGUGAGACCGUCAAGCAAAUCAUGACGAGACAGCUUUUCGAGAUAAACUGGAUCGUCUGCAAUCCCACGACACCCGCCAAUCUGUUUCAUCUUCUACGCCGGCAGAUAUUAAUGCCGUUUCGCAAACCGUUGGUUAUUAUGAGUCCCAAAUCAUUGCUGCGUCAUCCAAUGGCAGUAUCAAAUUUCGAGGAGAUAGGACCAGGUACAAGCUUUAAACACGUUUUGCCGGAUCCUUCAACAAAGACCGGAAACGUGAAAAAGGUGUUACUCUGUACCGGAAAAGUGUACUACGAUUUAUUUGUCGAGCGACAGGAACGACAAUUGGAAGAUAAAAUAGCAAUUAUUAGAAUCGAACAACUCUGUCCUUUUCCGUAUCAUCUCUUCGCAGAGGAGAUGGCGAAGUAUCCGCGAGCAAAAAUUAUGUGGCUGCAAGAGGAGCACAGAAAUCAAGGCGCUUAUUUUUACGUGAGAGAUAGAAUAGCCUUAGCCUUGGGUAUUCCAUUGGAGGAGGUGAAGUACGGCGGCCGGCCUGCUUCGGCCGCGCCAGCGACCGGAAGCAAGAUUAUUCAUAAAAAUGAACACGAUAACAUGAUGGCAAUGGCGAUGAAGCUCGACUAGUUUCGUAAAAAUUGCCACUAAAUCUCGUGUCAAAGACACAAUUUUCUCUUCUAAGAAAACAAUCGUAUGUUGUGAGAAAAUGUACUUGUAUCGUGCAAUGUGUUGUAAAAAAAUUGGAUAAAAAAGAACCAUUGUCUGUUGUUUUAGAAUGUCUAUCAUGCGAGAAAACAGUUUUGCCAAGAUAUAUAAAAUUUUAGUUAGAUCUGAAAAUAAUUGUAU